UACCUUACGACACCGACGCCAUUCUGAACUCACCGUAGCCCGGUUUCUACUCCUCGGACUGCGGUUCCGUCGGCCGUAAAGAUGAAGGUCAGAUCGAAGGAGGCCGCUCCAGCCGGCGAGCCGAAGUCCAAAUCCAUAGCUCGGGUUAGAAAGCCGAAAGGCAAAGCUAAGAAGAAGAAGAAACUCGCCGGCAACGACCCCGCCAAGCCGAAGAAGCCACCGACUGCAUUCUUCUACUUCCUGGAAGAUUUUAGGAAGACCUACCAAAAAGAGAACCCAGAUGUCAAAUCAAUGUCUGAAAUUGGCAAGGUGUGCGGUAAGAAGUGGAAAACUAUGACCUAUGAGGAAAAAGUAGCAUACUAUGAUGUAGCUACAGAAAAGCGGGCCGAGUUUGAGAAAGCCAUGUCGGAUUACUUGAAGAGAAAGGAGAGGAGGGACUUAUCGGAGGAAUCAGAUGACUACGAGUGAUUCUGAAUGGUGGAUUUGGAAUGGAAGGCAAAUCAGCAGUUUAUUUUCGUCAACUAAUCUAUUGAUUAUUACAAUUAUAUGUUUGUCAUGGAAGAUGAGAAAUUUUUGCACUCUCUGCAGGACAGCUCUUCAGCUGACUGAAUCUGUUGUAGUUACUGUAUAGUAGUUUCUGAUAUUUUAACAAAUUUCAAACUUUUUUUUAGAAGUUUAUAAGAUUUUUUAUAACCAAACGUUCUGUAUUGAGACCUUUUGUUUAUA